GGGAACGGGGAAUUCGUGACAUUUUGUGAGGUAAUUUCUUUUGUUUUGUUGCGUUCAAAUCAGAAUCCAAAUUCAAGAGGAGACAUUUCACCGAGGUAAAACCAUACUUUCACUUCUCAUAGAUAAAGGCCAUUAUGCAAGUUUAUAGACGGGUUGCGUGACAACGAGCUGCAGCUGCAAAAAAAAAAGUGUGAAAACCAAGAUAGAGGUGCUUUUCCUGCCUCACUGUCUCACUCCCUUUUCUGCUACAAACGGGCUGCAGUCUCAUACACCCAUUUAUCGGUGCCUGCCUCCGAGCUAACAUGGAGAACGAGGGGAUGUUUGUCAGCUCGAUUUACUACGGGAGGAUCGGAAGCGGGGCCACGGAGAGUCUGCUGGAGAGGUUCGGACACGACGGCAGCUUUCUGAUCAGAGACAGUGAGACGGUGCAGGGGGCCUUCUGUCUGUGUGUGAGAAAAGCACCGUAUGUGCACACCUACAGGCUUGUUCAGUCCUCUGUCGGCUGGUUUCUUCAACUUCAGGAUUCAGGAGUCAGACAGCAGACUUUCGGGACUCUGGAAACACUGAUCGAGAGCUACAGACGAGCUGUCUGUGACGUCAAUAUAGUUCCUCUCACAGAGCCACUGGACAAAACACAGAUACAGAACAUCAGCUCUGGACAAGAGUUUCUUUACAUGGAAACGUGCAGCAGCAGCAACUCCGUCUGCUGAAGCCACAAAACAAGAUGGCCGAAACAUAAAGAGCAUGACACAUCAAGGAUCUGACUGACUGUCCUGUUCCUUUCUUCUUGCAUGGCAUGGACCUAAUUACUUCUCUUUUUUUUUAAUCACAUUGGGUGCAUUGAUUGUCUUUAUUAUGAAAAAUGUCACUGUGGGUUUAAACUUUAUCAAGGUAAUGUCGAUUUAUAAAAAAGACAAAAACAAGUUGUUGCAAUGUUUUGUCUUUUUUUAAUUUGGUGUCAGAGUGAGUGUGGCAUAUGCAGUGUGAAUAUGUCACACACUAUCUCUGUGUGUGGUUUCACGAUGUCAAACCUCAUGUGAAAAAGAAACAUCUGGGGCGCGCUGGUGGCGCAUGUGUUGAGACUCUCGUCUCGAGCGGCAGGCCCAGGUUCGCUUCCACCCUGCAUUAAAGGCACGAAAAGCCCAAAAUAAAUCUUAAAAAAAAGAAAGAUCCUUUUACAAAUAUGGUCGUGGCUGAUGUGUUUUUAACACCUUGAAUCAUGCAGGUUGUCUGUUUUGGGGAAGCCACAGUGAUGUAUCUGAUCUUUCUGACUCACACUUAUCUGUCGCUCUGUAGACAAAAAACAGACCUGCAGGAAGUUGAAACAUCUAUUGUGGGCCAACUCCUUUCCACAUGUGGCUUAUAGUGUAUUUGUUUUUGCAACACAAAGUCUCCCACCUCAGGGGUCGUUUGUGUUUAUUCAAUAUGAGACGAUGAGUGAAACUGUGACAUGUUUCUCUGUAGGUCCAUCCUGACUGUUUAAAUGGAGAGCUGUGAACGUUGAACCUUGCUCACGUUUGGUCAUUUUUAACACAUUUUCAAACACGACUGUACUUGUGUUAUUCUUGAAACCUGAGCUUGUUGUUGUAUGAGUAUCUGCAUAGUUUUCCAAUCAAAAUACAUCGUGUAAGAUAUCUUAAUAAAGUUAACAUGCAUCUUUAGCCGACAUCAGGAGGCUGACAGGAAGUGUCA